AUGCCACUGUGGUUUAUAUGCGGUUUGUUCAGUGUUGACCUUGUUUUGGAGAUGACUUCUCCCCGUCAUUUGUUGUUCUGUGCCAAGCAAGGAAACAUAAGAAGAACGUGGACCUUUCCCUCACUUUGCGCUCCCAGGUAUGGGUACUCAAGGCCAGUGAUGAUGUUUUUUUCUCUGUGCCGUAGAUGUGCCGGUGUCCUGGGGUUUAUGGGAAAUGAAAAACCCGUGGAGGGACGGAGUGUGGGGGUGGUGGGCUCUGCUAUCCCGAACUACGUUGGUGUGGAGCCGCCACCGUUCAAAAGGGGUGUAAGGGCAUUAUCAGCCGGUCCACUGACCAUUCACAUGCAGAGGCGACCCUAUCGGGUGACACCGACACCUGAAGAGCCUUAUUCCUUACCUGCUCGGGUGCGCGAACUGACCCGGUCAAAUCAAUGGCAGGACGCAAUUCAUUUAAUUUAUACCUUAACACACCUGUCAUCUUCUGAGCAUUGUUCGGAAGCACAGGAGUGUAGUGGAAAAAAGACUGGUGUGUCUGACGUUUUUGAAAUGUUUCUCUUCGAGUUUCUGCGCAGCGGCCACGUAGAGAGCGCGUUUGCCGUUUGGAGGAAAUGCUCGACGAAUCUUAAAUUCGACCCUGGAUCGGAACUUUUGAUGAAGUUCGCAACUUUUUCCCUUGUCGUGGAUGGAAAAACUCAGGAGUCGUUGGAUCUUGCAUUGAUGGCGCGACAGUCGCAGAGAGAGGGGGAUGCUCCCGGUGAGGACUUCGUGGAAUACGGUAUGUCAUGGAUAUUGCUUUGCACCAAACUCUCGGGUACAACAAAAAUUGGUGCAAGUGAUGUCGCUGAAGUGCAAAAUCUAGCGGAGAAGUUGUUCGUGCGCUGUUGGUUCCAACCACAACAAUCAUCGGGCGAGGGAGUCAAUCAAUUCAAGACAAGAAAACUUCGAUUUAUGUUGCACGGUAUGGUGGCACUUGUGUCGCUGGAAGGUGGGUUAGAAGUGCUGCGGAGGCUAAGCACUAGGUACCAUGGUGGCGCCAGUGAUUCUGUCUUCCAGGAAUUUGUUAGUCUGGCGGAAAUUUUUGAGUCAGACAACCACAAGAACAAAGCUGCCCAUACGUUAACGGCAGCUCCCCUGCCUUCCAUGUUGAUUCACCUGUUCCCUCUGCCGCUGCCGCCAUCCGGGUUGGUGGUAUUUCGUUAUCUCUUCUGCGACGACGACGACGCACCUUCGCGACGUGAACCGCCUCAGCCUCGUUUGCUCUCCCACAGAACUGUAGGAACCACCUUUCUGGAACGUUUGGUUGAAAACGGUUCAGUGGAUUCAUUUCUGCGUUCUGCAGUGGAGCACGAUAUUAGUGAGUCAUGCCCUUCACUCCUGACGCGUGUAAUGCAGUCCCAGCUCGGGGCUAAUGCUCGUGUGCUACCUACAGUGUUUGGACGCCAACUCCUUCCCUCGGUGCAGAGGGCUCUUCGGAGUCGUCCAGCGGCUGGGACACUGCAUUUAUUGCUGCUACGUUUUCUGUCGCGUGUGCUAGGGCCUUUUCUAGGAACAAGGGCUGGCAAAGGUUCCCACAUGGAAUUCCCAGCUGGAGGUGGUAGUAUCGCAUCUAGCGCAGUUUUUUAUAUUGAACUUCUUGGUUGUGUCGCAGCCCUUGUCCCAACCUCCGGAAUAAGAGCCUGGCAUCGCUUUGUUCAACGCGUAACACGUGCUAUUAUUAGAGAAUGUGGCAGCGUUUCUGGAGCUGCUAUCCCCUCUCUAUUGCAAGUGCAACUUCAUACGCAAUGGUUUUUGCCGGAGUUACUUACGUAUGUGGACACGACCCGCGAACGUGAUAUGUACUUCGCCUGUCAGCAUCCGUUAAUGCAGAGCCGUGAAAGAAACUGGGACCGCAUUCUCUGCGCACUUAUCUGGGAGUGCCAUGGGAAACCGGUUUCUGCUUAUGAAGGCACUGGUUCUGUCAGCUGGCACCGCCACGCUGGUGGUUUGGUGCGGUAUGCAGGUGAGGAAGACCGAAUACGUGCUUUUGAGGGCGCACCUCCAUUCUUCGACGUGAAGCGCUCGUUUGUACAGCGGGUUGUACGUUGGCAGUGGUUGCUAGAAAGUCUCUGGCAACUCGUUGGGUAUAAAAAUGGAGACAGAAACCAUUGCAGUUGGGAAGAGUUGUUGUGUGCGUGUUCCAGAAUUCUGUCGAACUGUCGCAAGUAUCACCGUGGUGAUAUUGUGAGAGAUUUCGUAGACGUGCUUUUUUUACCUGCCGCUUCCUUUGUGUCUCCGCGCGGAUCAGAGUGCUGUCGCAGGACCAACGUGCUCACACUGCUUUCAACAUGUGCGGACAGCGGGUGUGGGACAGCUGAGUCUGUGACCCUUGCACGGUGGUAUUUUUUAAAUGAGCUUUCGUUGUGGUUCACAACUCUCCAUGUAUCGGGAAGAUUUCGUGCACUGGGUGACGUUUUGCAACCGGGGCCGGACCGCACGGCGCAGCGCUUUGCGCUGCUGCGCAAUUACGUGUCUAGUGUUUCAGCAAACAUAAGCAGAUCCGGCGAGGUUUGUAAGAAUAAGCGGCAGCAGCUGCAGGACUUGCUGACCUACUACAACGAAGUAUGCAAGAGUGAUAAUUCGCUUCGGACGCCGCAGCUGCUCUCUCCACUCGCUUCCGCUCUGAGGCGGGCAGACUUACUGGAUUCUCUUGAGGAACUUAUUAAAGUCAGCCUGUCGGAGCUGUCCGGUGGCCUUCGUGGGCGUAGCGGCACCCGAGCGGCACUAAAGAAGCUUCUUUUUUUCCACGAUUUUCACCGCGGUUCUGCGGUUUGUGCUGAGUCUGGGUGUACCUCGCAUGUCACCGAUGAGAACUAUCAUGGCGCUGCAGUGGCAGUUGCAAACAUCGCGGAGGUGUACAUUCUUAUGCUCUUGGAACACGGCCAUCUGGAAACAGUUGAGAAAAUCUUGUUACGACCACCUGCGUCUCACUCCCUGCAGGACCCUGCGACAGAGGUAGCGUCGCCAACGCACGGGGGAGCGGACGGUUUCUUGUCACCCCUCCAGUUUGACAUAACCCUUCUCAUGCCAUCGACAAACCGUGAAGCAAUGCAGUUGCUUUUUUUCCUGUAUCUAGCGCAGGAGAAAAAUGUUUCGUGUUGGCGUGUGCUUGACAAACUACCCAAGUACGGAGCGAGCGCUGCUGGCGUCGUUGCCGUAGUUGGCCGUCUGGUAUCGCAGGAGAAACAUCUUUUUGGUCAGUUUAGCCGUACAGCAAUUCGGUUGGCGGACGGUUCUUUACACCCUAAAACUGCCGGUACCAUUAUCUACGGUUCGAACAGAGGGUGCAUCCAAAAUAAGCCUCAGAUGGUGGCUACCGUUAUUGGGGGGGAGAAGCGGGCCUCUAAUCUAAAAGACUUAAACCACCUGAUCAACAACGGUGAUUGGGUACUAGCGCUGCGCAGCAUACCAUUUGUUCUUACAGAUCCUCUGCACAUCACGCGAAAGGCGUUAUUGGUUUGUGAGGCAGUACCGCAUGGAGCGGCUUGGGAAGGUGCUGUUAGGGUAUUUGUCAGGGCGAACCAUAUUUGUACUGACAUUUCUCACGGUGUGCAUUGUAUGAAGGAACACACAUGUUUGUUCCCAGUUAUGGGGAUACAGGAGAUUGGUCGCUUGUUGACUUUACUUGCUAGCGCGAGGCGUUGGCAGGAGUCACUGCAAGUUUUUGAAUCUGUUGGUUCCCAUGCUGUUGAUGGGUACAUGUUCGCAGAGACCUGUUUUACCCUUCGGUCAAGUGGCCACCCCGGGUUGGCCGUUGAUCUCUGGGCCAUGUGGCGAGCUGCGGUUGGGGAUGCCGUGGCCCCUACACCACGAAUGUGUGGACAGUUUUUAGCCUGCGGUGUUGUGGGUGAUGUGGAUGUAGCGGAUGCAGCUUGUGUGAUGGUGAGGGAAGCCACCAUCCCGAAGUACGGAACCUGGUCGUCAGCAAAACCGGAGCUGCCUGCCUCAGAUGAGAAGUGUUCGUCUUCACCAUGUGUAGUUACUAUCCCAGGGACUGAAUUAGCUCUGUCUUUCGAAAGGGAGGAAGAUACCGUCGCCACUUUGUUACGUGAUCGAUGGAACGGGAGCUGGCAGGACGCCCUCCAAAUGGCCCUCGCCAGCGGGAGGUCGCGGAUUAUUCAAGAAGUAGCCAGAAAGUCCCCUCGUAAUCACUCUAUUUACAAAGCCGUGGUUGGGUGGGCUGCGAAGGAGCAGCGUCAACUUUCCGUAGCGGAGCGUUGUGCGAUUGCGGGGCACUUGAUUACCAAUCCGGUUUCGGAUGGAGGAGAGUACGACCGAGUGGGUCGUGUCCUUGAGGAGCUACUCGGUAGUGAAGACGAUUAG